CUUCUGAUCUUUGAUUUUUUUGUUGUAUUUUUAUUUGGAUUUUCUGUUUAUGUAAAGGGGCUUAGAUCAUUGCACAGUGUUUUUCCUUGCAUGCCUUUAAGACCUCAACAUCAAAAUUGUUUCUGAAUUUCCACUGCUUUAGAUUUGGUUUUCAUAUGCUUUUUCAAGAAUUUCAAGCCUUAAGAAAAAGGCCUGCUAGCUUAUAUUGAUCCAUUCAUAUUGUCUUUUUUUUUUUUUUUUUUUGAGAAGGAUAUACUGUCUUUUUGGAGUUGCAGUUUCUUGAAUGUUGCUGAUUUAUACUGUAGUUUGAUGUCUUUGAGUUUUGGUGUAUUAAGAUUGUGUUCAAAGCUAAUUUACCAUUUCAAAAAUAAAAAGAUUAUGUUCAUAGAUUGAAAUUUGUUUGAUUGUAGCUGAAUAUGAUGGGAUUUAUCUCUUACUAGUAUGCUGUAAUCACCAAUGAUUUUCCUUUUUGGAUUGAUGAUAAAGAUUGACAAGAGUGGGUUGCUCUAGCGGUGAGCACCCUCCACUUCCAACCAAGAGGUUGUGAGUUCAAGGUGGAGAGUUCUGGGAGGGAGGGAGCCGAGGGUCUAUUGGAAACAGCCUCUCUACCCUAAGUGAAUAAAGUCACCCUUUGACCCUAUUCCUGAAGCAAUUGAGAUAACUAUAUGCAGUGAACAGGAACUGAGUUCUGGAUUAUUGCCAAAUCAGUGAGCUUGUCCUCGAAGUUGAUUCCUUUCCCCUAUGGAUCGACUUAGUGAGCUGCCUGAACGGAUACUGGUUCACAUCCUCUCAUUUGUGAACAUGAGAGAUCUUGUCAGAACAGCCAUUCUCUCCAAACACUGGCGACACCUGUGGUCAACUGUCCCAAAUCUUGAUUUUAGUGAUGAUGAUUUCUAUCCCUAUCAGAAUUAUGUGGACUUUGUGAAUCGGACCUUGCUUUCUCGUGGCACUUCUAAGAUCAGAAGACUUAAAAUUGGUCUCUUUUUAAAUGCUAGUUAUCGUAAAGAUUAUGAUGGAUGGAUUCUGUAUGCUGCAAAGAAUAAUGUAGAAGAGCUCUUCUUAGAAUUUAAUCAAGACUGUUGCUACUGGUUCCCACCUCAGUGUGUGUAUCGCAAUUCUUCAUUGAAGAUAUUGAGUUUGUGGAGCUGCAAGUUUAUAAGUGAUGUGCAAAUAUCCUGGAACUUGUUGACAAAGUUAACCCUCCGGUUCUCGGUGUUGAGGAAUCAAGAUGUUCAUAAGAUUAUGGUGGGUGCUCCAAAACUGGAAUUCCUUGACUUGGAUUCUUGCUGGGGCUAUGAUGAUCUGAAUAUUGAUUCUCCUUCUUUAAGAACACUGAUUGUAUGUGAAUGGGAAUCAGUUGAGUUUGAACUUGGUCCCAUCAUGACAAUUUCAGCGCCCAAUGUUCAGACCCUGCGCCUAUCAGGAUUUCUUUAUAGGAAGUGUAUUUUGAUGAAUGUGCCGUCCGUUGUUAAUGCCACCCUCAAUUUUCGUCCGCACACUGGUUUUAGUGCUGAAAAGAAGAACUUAAAAGGGCAGCAGGACAACCUAAUGGAGCUAAUUAGGAGCCUUAAACAUGUUGAGAACUUAACUUUGGGUGCUUGGUGCGUUGAGAUUCUAGCACUAAGGGAGAAGAAACGUAUUCCUUCUCAGAUUUCAACUCGCAAAUGUGUCACGUUAAGUAUACAUAUGAAAGAAGAUGAUCUUUUGGGAACAGUUAACCUGCUAAAAGGUUCACCAGCUCUGCAGAUGCUAAUAAUAGACAUGGAAUAUGGACCCUAUGAACAGCCAAAAGGCGCGGAGUUGGCAGAUUCAGAAAAUUUCUACACUUCUAUUGGUGCAAACUACUUAGCGUCACAAGCAAAGCAGGUUAAAUGUUUGCUACACCAUUUGAAGACAGUCAAGAUUACCCAAUUUGUGGCAAAAACUUCCGUGUUUCCAUUUCUGGAGUUCAUUUUGAAGAACGGGAAGGUACUAGAGAAUGUAGUAAUCAUAGCAAAAAGGUUUGAUGCAAAUUCACCAGAGUACUUGCUAAAAGUUGCUCAAAUAUUACUAAAUCUGCCUAGGGCUUCCUCCCGAGCAGUCAUUAAGCUCCUCAACUGAUGACAUUAAAGUCAUUUUGUAAUUUCAAUAAUUCAUCGGCUUGUUCGGAAACUGCAUGGAUUAUGCUUGAUUUAUGUGGGGUGUCAGACAUCUUGAAUAGUUCAAACAUGUUUUUCUAAGAUGAACUAAUGCAUUUUGUAAAGGUAAAUGUCUCUUGUUGUUGUAAUAUUGCUAUGAUGCUUCUUGUCUCCUGGAUAUUAUAUAUUCUGUUGCCUCAAGUUAAUACUUGAGUAUGUAUAUCCCAUUAGGAUUGUUGUUGUCAA